AUGCCUGUCGGAUCUCUCGUGCUGGACCCGCUCAAACGUUUGAAGUGGGGGCUUUUCCCUGUCGAAAGACAUGUCAUUGACAAAGUCGACGCGACCGACUCGGAGCAAGAAUCGCUCGCCAAGCUAGCAGAGGCCGAGGAGUCGCAUGAGAUUCCGGAAAUCGAGUACAGGGACGAGUCUAACAGGAAAUGGUACAAGUUCUUCGACGAGUACGAGUACCGCCAGAACAAGAACCGCCGUGGAAACCACAAGUGGUACCAGUGGUUCAACAAGGACGACACCCCUGCUGAGAGAAAGCUCGUGAUCAAGCUUGACAUCCUUCUUUGCUUCUACUCGCUCAUGGCGUACUGGGUCAAAUAUCUCGACCAGACGAACCUCAACAACGCCUAUGUGAGUGGCAUGAAGGAGUCGAUCGACAUGAAAGGUAACGAUCUCGUGCACACCCAGGCCGUUUUCACUGUCGGAACUAUCGUGUUCCAAAUUCCUUUCAUGUACAUCCUGUACAAGGCCCCACUGAAUUAUGUCCUGCCUACUUUGGAUCUGUGUUGGAGUCUGUUCACUCUGGGAGCCUACCGUGCAAACAACGUCGGUCAUCUAGAGGCCAUGAGGUUUUUCAUCGGAUGUUUUGAGGCCCCAGCUUACCUCGCAUACAUGUAUCUGUUUGGCAGUUGGUAUAAAGUUGACGAGAUUGUGCGCCGUUCCAUGGUGUAUUAUAUCGGCCAGUACUUAGGUGUCUUGACCUCCGGUCUUUUGCAAGGAGCCAUUUUCGACGGCAUGAACAUGAAAGACGGCUUGGAAGGCUGGAGAUGGAUGUUCAUCAUUGACGCGGUCAUCUCGAUCGUGGUGGGUAUCAUUGGCUUCUACGCCAUCCCAGGGACGCCUCAGAAAUGUUACUCGAUUUUCCUCACCGACGAGGAAAUCCUGCUCGCAAGGAAAAGACUCAAGGACAACAACACUUCGUUCACGGUUCCUGUUGACCGGGCAUUUUUUGACCGCAAGCUGUGGAAAAAAAUUCUCACCUCGUGGCACAUCUACGUCCUCUCGCUGUGGGACAUUUUCUGCUGGAACAACAACAACGGAACGUCUGGUGCUUAUUUGCUCUGGAUCAAGUCUUUAAACAGAUAUAGCGUCGCAAAAGUCAACCAGCUGGGUGCAAUUAGUCCUGCAAUUGGCAUUCUUUGGCUUAUCCUCACUGGCUGCUACGCAGACUUCUUCCAUUCGCGUUGGCAGGCCAUCUUGCUCUCACAGGUCCUCAACAUUACUGGAAACGUCAUUCUGGCGGCCUGGGAUGUGCCCGAAGGCGCUAAAUGGUUUGCUUUCAUGCUGCAGUAUACCGGCUGGGCCAUGGCUCCAGUGCUAUAUGGCUGGAUGAACGAUAUAUGUCGUCAUGAUCCGCAAUACAGGGCUGUUAUUUUGGUCACAAUGAACAUGCUAGCGCAGACUUCGACAGCCUGGAUUUCAGUGCUGGUUUGGAAAACUGUGGAAGCCCCGCGUUAUCUGAAAGGUUUCACGUUCACUGCGUGUAGCGCAUUCUGUCUUGUGCUAUGGACGUUUGUUGUUUUGUGGUUCUAUAAGAGACAGGAGAGACAGCAAAGCGAACUAAAUGGCAUUGUGAUCAUCGACAAGGAGAAGGAUUCGACUAAAGCUUGA